CAUUAGGGUGCGAACCUUGCCAACUGCGGGAGCCUUAGCGGACGCGAACGCAGAGACAGGUAGAAACAUCAAUGAUGAAAGAGAACCAUUGAUCUGCUGCCUCCUGCACACCCCACACUGGGGAUCGAGCCCACAAACUGCAAACUGGAUUUCAAAAUGACUUCCAUCUUGACUUACACUUUUAAAAACCUUCCCAGUUCAACAUGGGCCCUCAGAUUUUCUCUAAGACCUUUGAGCUCCUCCUCCCAGCUACGAGCUGCCCCAGCUGUUCAGACUAGUUCGAAGAAAACCUUGGCAAAACCCAAUGUGAGAAAUAUCGUGGUGGUGGAUGGUGUUCGCAUUCCAUUUUUGCUGUCAGGCACUUCAUAUAAAGACCUGAUGCCACAUGAUUUGGCUAGAGCAGCACUUUCGAGUUUAUUGCAUCAGACCAAUGUCCCAAAGGAAGUUGUUGAUUACAUCAUCUUUGGCACAGUUAUACAGGAAGUGAAAACAAGCAAUGUGGCUAGAGAGGCUGCCCUUGGAGCUGGCUUCUCUGACAAGACUCCUGCUCACACUGUCACCAUGGCUUGCAUCUCUGCCAAUCAAGCCAUGACCACAGGUGUUGGUUUGAUUGCUUCUGGCCAGUCUGAUGUGAUUGUGGCAGGUGGUGUAGAGUUAAUGUCCGACGUCCCUAUUCGUCAUUCAAGGAAAAUGAGGAAAAUGAUGCUUGAUCUCAAUAAAGCCAAGACUCUGGGUCAACGACUAUCUUUAAUCUCUAAAUUCAGAUUGAAUUUCCUAACACCUGAGCUCCCUGCGGUGGCCGAGUUCUCCACCAGUGAGACCAUGGGCCACUCUGCAGACCGACUGGCUGCUUCCUUUGCUGUUUCUCGGCUGGAACAGGAUGAGUAUGCACUGCGCUCGCAUAGGCUGGCCAAGAAGGCACAGGAUGAAGGACUCCUUUCUGAUGUUGUACCCUUCAAAGUACCAGGAAAAGAUACAGUUACCAAAGAUAAUGGCAUUCGACCUUCCUCCCUGGAGCAGAUGGCCAAACUAAAACCUGCGUUCGUCAAGCCCUAUGGCACAGUGACAGCUGCAAACUCCUCUUUCCUGACUGAUGGUGCAUCUGCAAUGCUGAUUAUGGCAGAGGAGAAAGCUCUGGCCAUGGGUUAUAAGCCAAAGGCGUAUUUGAGGGAUUUUGUGUACGUGUCUCAAGAUCCAAAAGAUCAACUUUUACUUGGACCAACAUAUGCUACUCCAAAAGUUCUAGAAAAGGCAGGAUUAACACUGAAGGAUAUUGAUGCUUUUGAAUUUCAUGAAGCUUUCUCAGGUCAGAUUUUGGCUAAUUUUAAAGCCAUGGAUUCUGAUUGGUUUGCACAAAACUACAUGGGUAGAAAAACUAAGGUUGGAACGCCUCCCUUGGAGAAGUUUAAUAACUGGGGUGGAUCACUGUCCCUGGGACACCCAUUUGGAGCCACUGGCUGUCGGUUGGUCAUGGCAGCUGCCAACAGAUUACGGAAGGAAGGAGGCCAGUUUGGUUUGGUGGCUGCGUGUGCAGCUGGAGGACAGGGCCAUGCUAUGAUAGUGGAAACUUAUCCAAAAUAAUAGAUCAAGAAGCAGCGACCUGGAGUUUUUGUGCAACACUCAACAAGAGGCAAUGCCAUUUCAAUGCAUUACUAAAUGACACCUAUAGUUCCUAGCUCCUCUUAGGAAAACACAAUUUGUGGCCUUCUGUUAAGUGCUUUGCAAUUAAGCCUUGCCAGUGCUCUGAGCUUUCCAAUAAUACGGCUUAUACUCCUUCAGGGAUUUCUUAAUCACCAGACUCUCACACGGGAUAUAUGUAAGCAUUUGUUUUUGGGCCGUGUUUUCAUUAAAGACUAAACAAGUGGUAAUUUGGAAAAGAGUUUAGUUGAGAUCUGGAAUCAUUUUUGUAACAUUUGCAAAUUAUACUCAUUCCUAUUCCUAAAGCUAAGUGUUUUCUAUAAAUUACCAAUGUGCCUAUAUUGACUUAAUUAUGGAAAGAUAAUUCAGAAUAUAAACAUGACUGAAACUUACAGUAAAUGUUUAGGUACUUUAAAUAUUAUGUAUGUUAACCUUAAUAAAGUGGGGAGGUAUUGGAGAA